AUGCCAGUAGAUAAAGAAGACUUGAUAUUGUUUAGAACAGUUUUCUAUGCUGCAUCAGAGGAACUGCCAACUGUAAAAGUGAAUUCUUUGCUUGAGUUACAAAGGUUGAAUGGGGCUUCCAUCACAUAUCGAAACCUUAGUUGGGAUACACUCUCAGAAAUUCAGAAAUAUAUUUGUACUAUUAUCAAAAGGGAUUUGAUUGAACACAUCCGGGAAUCAGAUUUCUAUGCUAUUAUGAUAGACGAAAGCACUGAUUUGACUGUGCAAAAGCAUCUCUCAAUUUGUGUAAGGUAUGUCAACAAAGGUGAGCCAGUAACAGAAUUCUUAGGGAACAUUGGUCUGGAAGAUGGAAAAGCACACACUGUUGUAGCAGCUCUUAUAAACUACCUGAAUGAGCUCCAAAUUGACGCAUCAAAAAUGGUUUCAUUAGCAACUGACGGAGCUGCAACAAUGAUGGGUAAGAAGACAGGUGUAGGAGUCCAGUUAAAGUCCAAAUAUUCCCCUUUCUUAAUACAAACUCACUGUAUUGCUCACCGUUUAAAUUUGGCAGUGUCUGACUCGAUCAAGAAGGACAAAGUACUUGAAAAGUUUAGGGAUAAGUUUAAUUCACUGUAUAAUUUUAUGAGUGCAUCCAGUAAUCGAACAACUAAGUUGAAGAAGAUGCAAGACCUGCUUGAAGAACCACAGCUGACCAUCAAAGAACCACAUAGUAUUCGAUGGCUUGGUCUAAGAAAUGCAGUUGCUGCAGUGUAUGAUAGUUAUAACUCUGUAUGUGCAACUCUUUCAAGCAUUGGUGAGUCUGAAAAUAACACAACCUCAAUUGGUUUGUUUAAAUACUUCACCGACUACAAAACUGUUCUUCUUGUAGCUUUUAUGCUGGAUAUUCAUCAGGAGUUGGCUGACCUAAGCUUGCAGCUACAAAAACAAAGUAUUGUUUUCAGUGAAGUUGAAGCCCUGAUAGAUGGAACUUUAGGUAAACUGGAACAUUUCAAGUCAAAUGAUGGGACCUGCCUGGCAGAGAUGAAAGCGUGCAUUACCAUUGAAACUGAUACUGAUGGAAAGAAAUAUGCUACUUUAAAUGGAGAAAAAUUGUUACGGUACAAAGACAGUACUGAAAAUGAGCUUCAACGACUGCGAGAAAGCUAUGUGUCUUGUUUACAGAAAAAUAUAAAGCAGAGGUUUAGAAAAGAAGAUAGUACAAUAUUGAAUUAUUUCAGUCUUGUCUUGGAACCAUCCAUUGUAAAUAGUUCAAGACCAAAUGAAAGUGAAGAUGCUGUGGAAGCCCUAGGAAUGUUCUAUGGUGAUGAAAAGACAGUUACUGUUAUUCAUGGAAAUUUUGAGUGUGGAUUACAGGAAGAAAAUAAGAAUGUUGUUGACAAGUUGCUGGAUAGGGACAAAUUAGUGCAAGAGUGGCCAAAGUUAAAAGGAAUGUUAACAGGAUGCUAUAAAGGAUUGUCAGCUAAAGCUGUUUGUCAAAGGGUUAUACAGAUACAUUCUGACAAGGGACUUGUGGAGUUUUCAAAACUGUGUAGGAUAGGUCUUUGUAUAGCUAUUACAAGUGUUGAGUGUGAGAGGAGCUUUAGCACUCAAAACCGCUUAAAAAACAAAUUCAGAGCCUCUCUGAAAGAUGAGAACCUUGACAAUCUUAUUUCAAUCCAAAUGAGCCAAAUUCCUUUCAUCUCGUAUGAGCCUAGACGUGCAGUACUACUGUGGGAAGCAAAGAAAAAGAGAAGGAAGAGUAGGCUUCGCCAGGAGUACAAACCUAGAGACAAAAUGGCAAAAAUAUGCCCUUAA